AUGUUGGGUAUUACAGAAGUUAUCGAUAAUUUGUACAUAUCUGGUCUUGAAACUCGUCACGCGAUAUUAAAUAAAGGUAUUCGCUGUGUUAUUAACAUAUCAUCGGAAUGUCCUAUGCAAGAUCUUGGGCCAACAGUUGAAUAUGAAAAAAUAAGCUUAUUGGACUUACCGACAACAUCAAUCCAACCUUAUUUUGAUCGGUUAACAACUCGCAUACAUCAAAAUUUACAGCAAGGAAAAAAAACACUUGUGCAUUGUUAUGUUGGACGAUCAAGAUCAGCAACGAUUAUUUUGGCUUAUUUAAUGAAACAUAAACAAAUGUCAUUACGUGAAGCAUUUCAUUAUUUACGUUCUCGCCGUCAUAUCGUUGGACCAAACUUUGGUUUUAUUAAACAAUUAAUCUCCUACGAAAGAACAAUAUUUGGCUAUACAACAGUUUCAUUCGUGAACACAUCAUUUGGUUCCGUGCCUGAUAUAUAUUUAUCAAUGCCAACAGCACGACCUAUUCGGCCACCAACAAGAACAGCAACCACCAUAUCAAAUCAAACAGCAAGUAGUACACUAAGUAGAGCUCCAUCAUCAUCCAAAUCGGCAAUAGGUAAUACUGCGCCACUGCGUGCAUCAUUUACUUAUUCACCAUCUCCAACAUUAUCAUUGCCAAUGCGUCAAAAUACACUUUUUACUCGUCCAACAACAAGUGCAUUACCUCCACGAUCAUCAACAACAUUAUCUAGCUACUCAAAUACUUACAAUCCUGCUGCGAAUAGUAGUCAUAAUAGACCGGUGAGUUCAACUUCUGUAUAUCACAGCCAAAGUCACCCAACAGGAACAACGAGCAAUUUAAUAAAUACUACAUCAUAUCGAUUACAACAACCUGAACCAAUACGCUUAAAUUCCACAUCAGCAAAACCAUUCGAAUUGACUCGUGAACUAAUCAUUCCAGCUAAAACAAAUAAUUUCCGUACAAUCAAAUAUGUUCCAUCAUCUUACAAUCGUUAUCGUCUUCAAUAG